AUGGACGGCGUCGCAUCGGUUCCGCCUACAGCGGCCCACACCAAGCAGUAUGUCUUCGUCGAUGAAUACAACAGGCAUAAGCGGCUCAAGGUCAUGCGCGCCUGCGAUGGCUGUCGGAAACGCAAGAUCAAGUGCGAUGGUGCUCUCCAAAACGGACCAUGGCCCUGUGGAGCUUGUACCCGACUAAAGCUCAAAUGUGCUCCACCAACACUGGAUCCGGACGAGGACCAGGACGGCUUGUCAGCGACAAGUGGUCAAGGAGUGUUCUCUGCGCAACCUAUCUCUUUCAGCAACAAUAACCAUGUACCUCCUCUGUUGCAGUCUCCAAACGGCCUACCAGUACCCAGUACUGUCCCUGAGUGGGCCGCCAAUGUGGCAGCACCACCAGUUCUGACGCCGCCUUCGCUCGCUCAGCCAUCUAGCACAGGCACACACUAUUACGGCCAAGCACCACCGCAUCUCAAUGGACGAUAUCCUAGCGACGAGUAUUUCUCCUCAUCGAACGGAGGAGCAUCGCAAUUUCGGCCUGCUCCCAAUCUUUUCCGCACUCAGACAGAGACUUCAGGUAGCUCUGGUGGCGAUCCACAGGAGGUCGACGCCACUGUCAAGGAGCUUUCCGAGCACAUGGGCGACCUAUCAAUUGACGUGACCAGUGCAGCACCAUACAUUGCCAACGAGAAGAGAUCAUUGGCGGAAACGCCGGCGGUCGAUGAAAGUGAUGUUACCCUACCCGCCUCAGUCGGCACUGAUUCGACAAUAAGGAUUCCACCUGAAAUGAUGCCGUGCGAGGAGCGAGCUCUGGAAUACUUUGGCUACUAUUUCAACUAUGUUCAUCCUUACGUGCCCGUGCUCAACCGGCAAGCAUUCUAUGAACAAUGGAGAUCGGCUCGGCAUACGAUCUCACCACUUCUACUAGAGGGCUUAUUCGCCUGCGUUGCACGGUAUCUCGAAGAGCCAAUUGAGCUUCGAACAUGGCUUGCGCUUGCAUCGAGACAUGAAGAGGGUUUCAAAGACGUGCCACGUCUAAGCACUAUUCAAGCAAUGAUCCUACUCACGAAAGCAAGAGAGUUCGUGCCCAUCAGAGGCUACUACUAUCGAUCGUGGAUGGCUGUCAAAUAUAUGACAUCCAUGGCAUUCGACGUUGGGCUGCAUGAGCACUUCGACCAGCACCGUUCUGGAAAGCCUUGUCGGUAUGCGAAUACCGACUGCACAAUACGCACUCGUAUAUGGCAGGUCCUGUUUCAACUAGAGUCCACAAUAGGUGCUCCACAAGGCAGGACUGACUUUGCUGUCGAGCUUGGUACCGUUGAGUUCGAUGUCCCUGCCGUGGCAAACAACAUGGACAGUUUCGAAUACCAGACCUCUCGAAGGUACAUGUACAUGACGCAAACGUUCAGAUUGAUCAAGAUUACGAACAACACCUGGCGGAGGACGCGCCGGAUGAAGCCAGACUGGGCGCUCGACCCAGCUUUCAUACAACACAAUGACUACCUGCAAGCCUGGCCAAGCUCCCUCCCAUCUGAUAUGCAGGUUAACUAUCCUGACGACGGGAGUCCGCCUUGGAUCGGCAACGAUCACUUUAAGGCUUAUGUGCACAUCUACUAUCAUCUAGUAAUCGUCAUGCAUUAUAGACCGCAGUUGCAGGCACUACUCCAGAACCGCGAUCAGGCUUUCAGAGGACAUAUUGAGAUCUGCUUAAACGCUGCCAUAAAGAUGUGUCGACUGCAGGAAGCGCUCAUCAGAGAUUUUGGCUUGCAUGGCUUGACAUUCAUGUUACGAGGCGUGGGCUUCACAAUUUACUGCGUUCUCACAUGUGCUAUGCUGCAUCUUGCUGCAGUGACCUCCCCAGAUCCGGACUUACAUGGUAAAGCACGCAUCUACUUUACACGACACAUGCGUGUGCUGGAGCAAUGCAUCAUCUCCGCAACACCAGAGAUCCGGACACAGAUAAAUAACUUGCGAGAAGCCUUUAGCGCAGACACGAGCAAGCCUUUUGAGCUGAAAGCUUCGUUGGGCGUGCGGAGUCCAGUAGCCGAGAGUCAAUCUACACCUCCAGGUAUGCAUUCGAUGCAGCAGCAUGCAGUGUUGUCACAAUCAGCAGGAUGGCAACAUCUGCAAGAUGACGUAUCGUCAAGGACUAUCAGUCCAGCCAGCGAAUACUCGCAACCAUUCGAUCCUGCACACGGCCAGAAUAUACCUGCACAUCCUACAGGUCCUUAUAGCAGUGCAGGCUACCAGAUGGCGCCGCAAGUGUCCUACGCCACGAACGCUGUACACCAGGUCACCUCCGCACCUCAAACAGGCUACGCACUCGAACCAGUCAUCAGCAACGAGCAACAGCCCGUCUGGGAUCCCUCAGGCAUCUUCCAGCAAUGGAACUCAGCUUUCGGUGGCGCACAACCACAGCCGCAGCCGUCGCCGCAGAAUGUCCAGGCUCCGGAUCCUAGGAUGGCUAUGACUUCUGCAGCAGGCCUGCCACAGAACCCUUCUCCAACGAGUCACCCAUCAACAUAUACGUCUCAACCAUUACCGCCCAAUGGCACCAGCGCGGUGUUGCCGGAACAGACUUUGCCGGCCAUGCCGACCGUGACACCCGUCAUGUGGCAAGAUGCUUUCACCACUGCUUUCGUGUCUGGCCAUGGACAUAAGAGAUAUCGGCAGGAAGACGCUGGAUACUACGACCAAUAUGCCAAGCGAAGAGGCUGA